CAAUACGCAGGCGCGUCUCCUCAAGUCCUAUCCCUGCCCCCCUCCUCUUUCUCUUCAUUUGGUUCCCCCUCCUCUUCCAGCAGCUCCGCAGGUUCAAACUCGUCUCUGUGAGAGUGGCUGUGAUCGCGAGGUCACGUGAUGAGCAUCCUGCUGCCCAACAUGGCGGAGUUCGACACCAUCUCAGAACUGGAGGAGGAGGAAGAAGAAGCGGCAACGUCGUCGUCGUCGCCGUCGUCGUCGUCGGUAUCUGGGCCUGACGAUGACGAGGAAGAUGAGGAGGAGGAAGAGGAGGAGGAGGAGGAAGAUGAGGAGGAGGAGGAGGAGGAAGCGCCGCCCCCGCCUCGAGUAGUGAGCGAGGAGCAUCUGCGGAGAUAUGCCCCCGACCCUGUAUUGGUGCGGGGCGCCGGCCACAUCACUGUGUUUGGCUUGAGCAACAAGUUUGAUACUGAAUUUCCCUCAGUUCUAACAGGGAAGGUGGCUCCAGAAGAAUUUAAGACCAGCAUUGGCCGUGUGAAUGCAUGUUUGAAAAAGGCUCUCCCAGUCAAUGUGAAAUGGCUCCUGUGUGGAUGUCUCUGCUGUUGUUGCACACUGGGUUGCAGCCUGUGGCCCGUUAUUUGUCUCAACAAAAGAACCAGAAGAUCAAUUCAGAAGUUAUUAGAAUGGGAAAAUAACAGAUUAUAUCACAAGCUUGCUUUGCACUGGAAGUUGACUAAAAGGAAAUGUGAAACUAGCAAUAUGAUGGAGUAUGUAAUACUAAUAGAAUUCCUACCAAAAUAUCCCAUAUUCCGACCUGACUGAGGAGUUUUAUUCAGUCACUUUUGUGUUUCCUGUCAUUUCCUACCCUUAGUGCCUUGUAGAUGAUUUUUGGAAUGAAGAUGGUCUCCUUUGCUGUGUUCAACUUAUUCUUUAUAAUGGUUAGAAUAUUCUCCUCGCUCUUUUAUUUGUGUUGGUUUAAGAAAAUUUGCACAUCUUUUUUGUUAUUAAAUGAGGCUUGUGUUUUGCACUCUCAAUUUUUAAAUAAAUACACACAUACAUACAUACAUACAUACAUAUAUAUACAUAUAUAUAUUUGCCACUAAAAAUGAAACAUCAGUGCUGGUGUUUAGAAAACAACCUUGUUCUGAGCAUGCUGCCUUAUAAUUUUCAUACUCACUGUUUCUAAAUAUACAUCAUUUUUCUAGGCUAUUUAAUGCUCUGUAAUCCCUUACUGGACACACUUAAAUAAAGCUUUUGGUAGCUUUUAGAAAUGGUUUUACUCUGCUUUUAAAGGACACGCUUUUAAAGGAAAUGUAAUUAAUAGCACUGGUUUUGUCCUGCA